AAAGAAGUAGAAAAAGGGUGGAAAGGUAAAAUAUAAAUAAUAGUUUUUUUGGGGUUGAUGGAAGAACAUAUGAGUAAUUAGAAUUGGAUUUUAUUACAAAUGGUGGGUCCCAUCAAACAGUUUAUUUCGGCCGCCCGCUUUGUCGUCUCUCUCGCCUCCGUCCACCACCGUCGUUCCUUUGCGUUUGACUCCACGCCUCUCUCUCUUCUCUCUCUUCUCUCUCUCUCCUCUUCUCACCCUCCUCUUAUCCUUCAUAACACCUCUCUCUCUCUCUCUCUCUUAUUUCUGUCUCUCUCUCUAAUGUGUUUUGAUCCUCUCCUCUUGUGUGUAUAAGUCAUCUUUUAACCUCCGAAGUGUCUCUUCCUUGUUCAGAACCCAGAACGAGGAAUCAGAGACACAUAGCGAAAACAGAGCAAAACAGAGCUCACUCUUCGAUCCUUUCUUUCGUCUCUUUGAGCGCUAUGACUGGUCAAACAUCAAUCCUUUCGAACAUUACUGUUGGGUUUUAAGGUUCCGAAAGAUUGAAUCUUGGGAGUGGACUGUCAUGGCGGGUAGUAAUGAAAUCAACGUCAACGAAUCAAAGAGGGUGGUUCCACUUAAUACAUGGAUCCUUAUAUCCAAUUUCAAGCUAGCUUAUAAUAUGCUUCGCCGGUCGGAUGGAACAUUUAACCGAGAUUUGGCAGAGUUCCUUGAACGGAAAGUCCCUGCCAACACGAAUCCGGUUGACGGUGUUUACUCUUUCGAUGUGGUGGAUCGAGAAACCGGCCUCCUUAACCGGAUUUACCGGUCAGCCCCGGAAAAUGAGGCUCAAUGGGGCAUUGUGGAGCCUGACAAGCCACUGAGCACCACCGAGGUUGUUCCUGUCAUUAUUUUCUUCCAUGGUGGGAGUUUUGCCCACUCCUCUGCCAAUAGUGCUAUCUAUGAUACAUUUUGUCGCCGCCUUGUGGGCAUUUGCAAAGCCGUGGUGGUGUCUGUGAAUUACCGGAGAUCACCUGAACAUCGGUACCCUUGUGCGUAUGAUGAUGGGUGGACUGCUUUGAAAUGGGUUCAUUCCAGACCGUGGCUGCGGAGUGGGAAGGAUUCUAAGGUUCAUGUGUACUUGUCCGGCGAUAGCUCUGGCGGUAAUAUUGCUCAUCAUGUCGCGGUGAGGGCAGCGGAAUCAGGAGUUAAGGUACUGGGAAACAUACUCCUCCAUCCAAUGUUUGGGGGGCAAGAAAGAAAAGAAUCGGAGGAAAGAUUGGAUGGAAAGUACUUCGUGACAAUUCAAGACCGGGAUUGGUAUUGGAGAGCCUAUCUACCUGAAGGGGAGGAUAGAGAUCACCCCGCCUGUAACCCUUUCGGCCCCAGGGGUAAAAGCAUUGAAGGACUAAAUUUUCCAAAAAGUCUUGUUGUUGUUGCUGGUUUGGAUCUUGUUCAGGAUUGGCAAUUGGCUUAUGUUGAAGGGCUGAAGAAAGCCAAGCAAGAGGUGAACCUUUUAUUUCUAAAGCAGGCGACAAUCGGAUUCUACUUCUUGCCGAAUAACGAGCAUUUCUAUUGCCUCAUGGAGGAGAUAAGCAGCUUUGUUAAUCCUAACUGUUAAUAGAUUACUUAACUUCAUCUACAGGCAGCCAUACAUAACAAAAAAAAAAUGCUUGACAUUUCACUCGGGUACUUUUUUUCCCAGCUUUUGCAGUAAUGGUGUGUAGUUAUAUGAUUGUGUAGAAUUACAUCUUACUGGUGUUGUUAUAUAUGUGGUGGUGAUAUGAGAUUUCUGGACCCUUUGCUACGAAGAUAAUGCCUCUGUCUUCUUGUUGCUAAAAGGGUUAGUUUCAUCGGUUCAGCACAGUUGUAACACAUUCAUCGGAUUUGGAAGAAACGGCAAAAUUCAAGUUCAUGAUGUCGAGCCUUUGAGGGGGGAGGUGAUAAUUUGGUGGUGCAGGUGUCGCGGUGAUCAGCCAGUAUGUGGCUGCUAUUGUAAGAAGCUAAUUUCAGAAUUUGGACCAGAAAAUUCAUGAGCAUUCAUGAUGUUGUGAACUUGUAUGUUAUACUUGUGCUCUAGAAAUAUAUAAAGAUUUUGUUUCUUUUACUUUUCAA